GGAAGCUAAACAAUGCUAGCUAGCUCCUGUGUUGCUACUGGGCAGCUUGUGCAUCUCUGUCACCAAUAGUCCAAAUUAUUAACAACCCCAGGGUAUAAAUUCACGCUCCAUCUUAACAGGGGUAAGCACAGUCAAAUAACAAGUAUUUAUUAAGGUCGCGUUUACUCACGGACUUUAACCAAUGUUGGCAGUAUCUUUUCAGUAUUGAAAAUGAAAACAACAUAACUUUUAAUUGUGCUGCUCAACUAAGCUUUAACUAAUACAUGUACUCUUACUUUACAACCGUGGCUGCUAGCUCAAGUUAUUAAAGUCACUGUAACAUGCACAUGCGGCUUAAUUGUGCUUCAUUUUAACGCUAAAGCUAAGUUUGGUAGAUAAAACUUUGCACACAGUAUCCAAGUCGUCAAGCAGGAACCGUAUUCUUCUUUCCACCCUGGCGUUUCCCUGUUUCGACGGCACUUAUCUCCCAAAGCAAGAACUUGAGUUUGUGCAUCAUGUCAUGGAUGAGCUGGAGACAUACCAACAGAAGAGCCAAAGAGAGAGCGUGCUCCUGUUCCCGAUUCUACCAAGCAGACUGCGGUACCUGAUUCACAGGAUCAUUGAAGACUUGCCAGAGCUCACCACUUUCUCAGUAGGAGAAAGCUGGUGUCGCAGACUGGUGGUCUGCCAUUCUGAGCUCAGGGCUGAGCUAGAUGAAGAUGCCAACUUGGAGAGCAACAACAGCUUAUGUGAAGAGCCCGGAAGAGGUAGGGAGGAGGUGGAAGGGGUUGCUAAACCUAAAUCAUCAACCCCGUCACGGAGCAGAGGACCGAAGAGGCCAGACAAACCCCUUUACAUUCCCAGAGCUGCUCGGGAAAGACUGUCCCAGCAUCCAUCACAACAAUCCACAGUGUGUAAAGAGUUACCAAGUCCUGCAUCUAGUAGCUGUAGCUGCAUGGGCAGUUCAUCUGAUUCUUGCUCCUGCUGUGAAACUCCAGAGUACACUGAGCUAUCCAGACAGGAGUCCCUCCCCAUAGCAAAUCAUACUGAAGACAGUUCAGCGUAUUGUCCUCUGGAAGAGAAAGAAAAGUUUGCACUGAAGCCACAUGAAGACGAACCCCAUGAGUGGGACCAGACUGUGUCUCGCUUCACUGACAUGACUUUGGAGGAGGCUGUGAAAGAUGAAGAUGACCUUGAUUGUGUGUCGUAUAGCACCCAGGCAGAAGAAGACAAAGGCACAGAAACAGAUGAUGUAAUUGCAGAGAUCAAGGUCCAUCUGAAAGAGGCUGUGUCCUUUUUCAUUGAGCACGUCCACAAUGACUUCUCUGUUUAUGAGACCGUGGCCGUUACCCCAAAUGAGUUUCGCCAUGUGAUUGAGAUAUAUGACUUCCCGUCCAUGUUCAAAACAGACGACCUCCUGGAUGCUUUCAACGACUUCAGUGAUGGUGGAAUGAAGAUCACGUGGGUGGACAACACACACGCCCUGGGUAUCUUUUCCAGUGAGUCAGCAGCACUCCAUGCCCUCUCCAUAUGCCAUCCACUGCUGAAGACACGAUCUCUGGCUGAAGGGAGUAAGAAAUCCAAAGGCAAGGCCCUGAGACGAGCAGAGUUUAUCCAGCCAGUAAAAGAGCGUCCCAGGACAGACUGCGCUGUUGCCAGGCGGAUGGUGACCAGAGCUCUGGGGCUGCAGGGACAAGGCAGAGUGAUGCGAUACUGAAGACUGGUGCUUAUGCUGCUGGGAUGUCCAGAAAGGCCCAGCAUCACACGUCCAGUUAGCAAUGGCCACAGAGGGUUCACCAUCAACAAUAACACUGUCAUCCUGCCACCACGUGUCUGCCUCAUCGCCGCAUGUCAUCUGCCCUGCUCAAGGGACCUUCAUCAACAGACUAGAGCUGCAGCUAACGAUUAUAUUCAUAAUCGAUUCAUCUGUUGAGUAUUUUCUCAAACCUGGAAAUCUUUCUCAAAUGUCUUGUCUUGUCCACAAAUGAAAAUCAUUCAGUUUUAAUGAUUUCUUUGUUAGGUGGAGCAAAGAAAACAGAAAAUAUUGACAUUUAAG